CACAAUAAAAAGUCAUCACUUCCCUUCUAAGUCUCUCCACACCACAAACCCAAAUAUGAAAAACCUCCUCACUCUCUUCACCCUCUUCUGCCUUGCCCUGGGCUCCGUUUCCGGGCAGAAGUGCGGGUGCAAGAGGAGCGAGUGCUGCAGCAAAUUCGGCUUCUGCGGCACCGACGACGCCCACUGCGGCACCAACUGCUGGGCCGGGCCGUGCAAGGGCCGCAACAAUGUCAAAGUUGGUGAUGUUGUCACCAACGCUUUCUUCAACGGGAUCCUCGCGCGUCAGCGCCCGCGCGGCUGCCCUGGGAAGGGAUUCUACAGCCGCGCGAGGUUUCUCCUCGCGAUGGCCUCUUAUCCCACCUUCGGGACUAUUGGAUCCUUCGACGACUCCAAGCGGGAAAUCGCGGCCUUCUUCGCCCACGUCGCGCAUGAGACGGGAAGUUUGUGCUUUAUUGAAGAGAAUGGGGGGCGAUCGAAGCCCUAUUGCGACCUAACAUAUUCAAAAUGGCCGUGUGCGGCCAACAAGCAGUACUACGGUCGGGGACCGUUAAAGCUGACGUGGAACUACAACUAUGGCGCAGCCGGUCGCGCCAUAGGGUUCAAUGUACUAAAAAACCCCGAGCUCGUUGCCACAAAUGCCUUUAUAUCGAUCAAGGCUUCUGUAUGGUUUUGGAUGGAAAACUGCCACGGCCUUUUCGUAUCGGGCAAGGGCUUUGGUGCCACGAUCCGUGCUAUUAAUAGCGCUGAAUGUGACGGGAAGAGGACUGCGCAAGUGAGCUCUCGAGUCAAGUACUAUGAAGAUUACUGUAGGCAGUUACGGGUUAAUCCGGGACCUAAUCUUCGGUGUUAAGAUAUCUACAGACGCUGCAACUCAACAUAACACAUGUUGAGAAAUUAAUUGAAUGACUGUGGUAGUGUUGUAGGCUUGAAUAAGAACAAUGGUGUGAUUAUUCAAGUUAUUUGAUAUUGACCUAUUCGAAUGUCCCUGUUUAGUAAAAUACAAUAAAUAAAUGAGUCAAUCUUGGUAUUAUCAUCA